AAAAUAUGGGUUCAUUGAAAUCCUCCCCCAGCCCUCAGUUUGCAGGUGAAAGUGAUUUGGAAAUGAGUAAAAAGGGUGAGGUUGAAGGAGAUGAAGAGAUGAUUAUGGAGAAUAAUAAUAAUAAUAAGGAUGUUGAAGAGGGUGAUGAUGUUGUGAUAUCCAUUGAAAAAAUGAUCAUGGAACUACCUUCUGUGAAUCCAAAUAGCUCAUUGUAUAAAGUUCCUAAAGGGCACAUCAAGACGAAUGAAACAAUGUACACGCCUCGUUUCAUUUCAAUUGGGCCUUUCCACCAUGGCCAACCAGAACUAAUGGCCGCUGAACAAUAUAAACUCUGGGCUCUCAAAACCUAUCUUUGUCGUGCAAAAAUGGGAGUUAAGGAGGCCAUGAGUUUGGCUUGCUCUUGGGAGGAAAAAGCUCGUAGUUGCUAUGGACACCCCAUAGACAUGAACAAACAAAAUUUUGCCAAAAUGAUGCUCUUAGAUGGCUGUUUUAUAUUGGAGUUUCUAAACAUAACAAACGACCUUUACAUUGAAGAUGAUGAGAAAUGGAUAGAUGAUGGGUCCCUCAUCUAUCGUAUAUUGUACGAUGUAGAACGUGACCUAACCAUAUAUGAGAAUCAACUUCCUUUCUUUGUUCUUCAACAAUUAUAUGACCUAUUACCAUUUCCACCAGAAAAUGACGAUCCAGCUGUCCAUUUCAUGGAAUGCAUGUCAAAGUUGUUUAUAGCGACCACGACUGGAUAUAGCUAUCAUUAUAAUGCGACGACAGAGGUAAGACACUUGGUGGAUCUAUUAAAAUUCUACUUCAUCCCCUCACCUGACACAGAUGAGUAUAAAAAAUUCAAGGAGAGUGAAGAAGAGUCGUAUUUGGAGUCUCCAAAUCUAACUAAGCUCUGCGAGGCUGGUGUCAAGGUACAGAAAGCAGAUGAAGCCAAGAGCAUGAUGGAUUUCAGCUUUAAAAAUGGGAUUCUCAAAAUUCCACCUACCAUAAUCCAUAAUGUGUUUGAAAUACAUAUUCGAAAUUUGAUUGUAUCUGAGAUUGUAAGUGAGGAUGAAACGUAUUUAUUCCAUUACGUAGCACUCUUAGAUGACUUGAUUGACACAGAGAAAGAUGUGAGUAUACUUGUGAAGGAGAAAAUCAUUAGCAACACCUCUGGUUGUAGUGACCAACAAGUUGCCGAACUAAUUAACAAUCUACGUCUAAAUGCCCCAACCUUUCCAGACAAAUGUUACUACUACAACCAUAUGAGCAAAGAAUUAAACGACUACUGCAACAAAUGGUGGCACCGAUCUAUGGCUUCACUAAGACGUGACUAUUUCAAUACUCCGUGGGCUUCCAUCUCCUUCUUUGCUGCUACCUUCCUCCUUAUCCUCACAUUUCUUCAAACCUUAUUCUCCACUCCAUUUAUUUUCUAUAACAAAUAA